GGCGGCAGCGGCGGCGGCACCCGCGGCACCCGAGCCGGCUGGGGCGAACCGUGCCCCCGCCCUGCCUUGGCGGGGAGGCGCAUGGCCCGCGCUCGUACGCCUCUCCCGCAGCCGCCGCUUCGCCUUUUGGCGCUGCCCAGGCCGGGCGCCCCCGAACCCCCCUCGUGAUUCCGCAGCUGGGUAGCGGGCUGCGGGGCCCAGGCGGGUGCUGAGCGCAAACACCGGCUGGCGGCUCCGGGGGGAACGGGGGCGGCGCCGGGGCGCCCCCACAGCCCCUCGCAGCACAGAGCGGCGGGGGUGUGCCCGGGGGAGGCGUGGCCCGGUCAGGGCACACCCUCGCCCCGCCUCCGCCCGCGCCAGCGGCUCCGCUCUGGGCUCGCUUUCGCUCGUCCGUGCUGCCGCUGCCGCUGCCGCCGGGCUCUGCCUCCGCGCCGGGAGCUGCGCCCGGGGAUUAAUAGCAGGUGAAUCUGGUAGCCUUUCAGCAGCCUUCUGUUCAGCUUGGAGCAUCACAGUUCAAGCAACUGAACAGAUGGAUAAUGGAGACUGGGGAUAUAUGAUGACUGAUCCAGUCACGCUCAAUGUGGGUGGACACAUGUACACGACAUCCCUCACGACUCUAACGAGGUAUCCUGACUCGAUGCUCGGGGCCAUGUUCAGGGGAGACUUCCCCACCGCCAGGGACUCUCAGGGCAAUUACUUUAUUGACAGAGAUGGACCACUUUUCCGUUAUGUUCUUAACUUUUUAAGGACCUCAGAGCUCACUUUGCCACUGGACUUCAAGGAGUUUGACCUGCUUCGCAAGGAGGCAGACUUCUAUCAGAUCGAACCGCUGAUUCAGUGUCUCAACGACCCCAAGCCGCUGUAUCCCGUGGAUACCUUUGAGGAGGUGGUGGAGCUGUCCAGCACCCGGAAGCUUUCCAAGUACUCCAACCCAGUGGCGGUUAUCAUCACGCAGCUCACUAUCACCACCAAAGUCCACUCGCUGCUGGAAGGCAUUUCCAACCACUUCACCAAGUGGAACAAGCACAUGAUGGACACCAGGGACUGCCAGGUGUCCUUCACCUUUGGGCCGUGCGACUACCACCAGGAAGUGUCGCUGCGGGUCCACCUGAUGGAGUACAUCACAAAGCAGGGCUUCACGAUCAGGAACACCAGAGUCCACCACAUGAGCGAGCGUGCCAACGAAAACACAGUGGAGCACAACUGGACUUUCUGUAGGCUGGCACGCAAAACAGAUGACUGAUGCUGACUCCACUGCAGCCCCUGCAGCCGGGAGCAACUUCACUGGGACAGUGAAAGCCAAGAGAGAGUCUGGAUUUUAAUCAGAGCCCAACACUGUGGGCUUUUUGGUUUGGGUCUUUUUUUUUUAGUUUGAUAUGACUAUUUAUUGUUUAUCAGCAAGGACUGGAGGAGUUUCAUUCUCUAGCAGCUCUGUCCUUUUGUCCUGUUAAGAAAAACAAAACCAUGCAUGUGCCUGUUCAGUCAAGACACCUUUUUUUUUGUUGGAAAGAGGGAGUCUGAAGGAAUUAGUACGAUAGGGUAUUUUGUGUCAUUAACACAAUUAGCUGACACAACUUCAAGAGUGCUAAAAUUACCUCCGUGGAAACGGUUUCUAAUCCAUCUAACGCCAUGAAACUGGGAGCGAGCAAACAAAAGGAAUUGAAAAUGCAGCUGGGGAAAAAAGCUGCUGUCCUGUAGACUAAUUUAGUUUCUAAAUCAAUAAACAGUAUUGUAAUAUUCUAGGAAAGGAAAUCCUACCCUUUAAACGUACUUGAUAAGUACAGUUUUCUUACAGUUAUGACAACUGUUUCUUUCUAUGCAUAUAAGUCAAGCAACCAAAUAUUAUCUGUAGCCAUGGAAUACAAUUAGAAAUAUUUAUAUUGGAUUCUAAAUGCAAAAUGGCCCUGUGGUAGAAUUCCUAUUUUUAAUGCCUGGUGCAAUAUUAUUCCCAAGUGUAAUGCCUGCCAGCAACAACCUAAUAAAAGUCUGAAAUACAAACUA